AUGGUCCUUUGUUCACUGGAAGAGGACUCCGCCCACAGUGAUGGGAGUCUAGAUUACACCUUGGUUAAGAAGACCUCAAUCAAUGGACAAAGCUCCGUCUCCUCCAUAUCUACCAUGAAAACCAAGCAGAAGAUUCUAGAAGUCCUUGACAAGAUUGCAGAGCUGCUGGGGAUUGGAGAGAAUGAAGAUGCGUCUGAAAUGAAAGUUGAAGGUAAAGAGGAGGAAGACGACACAUUUACGGGUGACCAGUACGCGAUGAAGAACACUGAAGUUAAGGUGAUUGUUAAAGAAGAAGAAGGUCCUGCAGAGAUCAGCACAGCAGGGAAACCACACAUCAGGAAGACCUCUGAGGGGUGCCUAGUCUCAUCUCCAACCUGUGACUCUGAAGAUGAUGCCACCACCCAAGAAGAUCCAAGCACCUCAAAAGCAGGACUUCCUGGCACAGAUAGCUCACCAGAUCCCUCCCCUGAGGAACCGUCUUCUGAUAAGUCUCAUACUGUUACCCCAAAUCCAGCAUUCCACAGCGCAGACAGAACACCCGAUCCCUCUAGUCCUGAAGGACCUUCUAAUGACAGACCAUGUUCUGAUAUGCCAGGUGCACAUGAAGGACUUCCUAGGUCAGCUAUUGAUCCCUCAAAUGCAGAGGAACCGCCUGUCUGCAAACCCGAGAAGGAUGAGCCUGGUCCUUAUUUAACGUGGGAGUCAGACAUGGCUGGAGGCCAGAAGACGGACACGGACAUCAGCUCAUUCAUCUGUUCGGACUGCGGGAAAAGCUUCGCGCUGCAAAAUGAUCUCAGCGAACAUCAGGCAACUCACAACGUGAGCAAACCGUAUUCGUGUUCUGAUUGUGGGAAGCGGUUUAAUGCCAAAUCGAAACUGAUCCAGCAUGUCAGAGUCCACACGGGCGAGAAGCCUUUCCCCUGCCCUGAGUGUGGCAGAUGUUUUACCACCAAGACCAACUUGGUCUCACACCAGAUCAUCCACACGGACAGGAAGCCGUUCCCGUGUAAGGAGUGCGGAAAGUGUUUCUCAAGGCAAUCGUCUCUCUUGAUGCAUCAACAGACUCACAGUGGCAACAAGGAUUUCACCUGCAGCGAGUGCGGGAAAAGCUUUGCCUUCAAGAAUUAUCUACGCAUCCACGAGAAGAUUCACACUGGUGAGAAGCCAUUUUCCUGCUCGGAGUGCGGAAAGUGUUUUGUCCAGAAGUGGGCUUUAGUCAUCCAUGAGCGCCUUCACCGGGGCGAAAAGCCUUAUUCCUGUGCAGAGUGUGGCAGGUGCUUUGUGGACAAAGGACAGCUUGCUAUCCAUCAGCGCAUCCACACGGGCGAGCGGCCAUACGCCUGCUCCGAGUGCUACAAGAGUUUUGUCCAGAAGUCGGCACUGCUGAGGCACCAGAGGACACACACGGGUGAAAGGCCAUUCUCCUGUAGCCAGUGCGGGAAAGGCUUCUCACAGAAAGCCCAACUGAUCACCCAUCAGAAAGUUCACACUGCCAUUUGA